UUUCAUUCGUACAAUCCCAUAGAGAAGCACACCAUAACAUUCUUCCCCAUUUCCUCUUCCUCUUCCUCUCCUCUGAUGACCAGGUGGAAGUAAAAGAGGAAAAAGCGGUAGCUGAUCUUCUCCUCCUCUUCCUCCUCCUCUUCAUCAGCUAGUAGUUACGUACCUUCCGCUCGCUCAUUUCCCUCCUUAUAUACAGACUCGAUCCUCUCCACUUGAAUCGCUCAGAUCUCUGCGUGUUAGGACUUCCAAAAUCCUUCCUCGAGCUUCUGACAGAAGAUCUGCUAUCUCCAGCCACCAAAGCUCCAUGCAUCUGACUUAUAAUCCUCCUCCUUCUCCACCAAUUGUAAGACCAUCAAGAAAAUUCUCAAUCGAUGGAGUUGAUACCCAAGGCAGAUGAGAGCCCCAACUCAGACCCACAGGAACACUUGGCGGCCGGAGGCAGCGUGAGUGCGGCGGCGUCGUCGUCGUCGUCGUCGUCUCCGUCACUGAGUCGGUAUGUGUCGCAGAAGCGGCGGGACUGGAACACGUUCGGGCAGUACCUGAAGCACCACCGGCCGCCUCUGUCGUUGACGAAGUGCAGCGGCGCGCACGUGCUGGAGUUCCUGCGGUACCUGGAUCAGUUCGGGAAGACGAAGGUGCACGUGCAGGGGUGCCCGUUCUUUGGUCACCCCUACCCGCCGGCGCCCUGCCCCUGCCCGCUCCGCCAGGCCUGGGGCUCCCUCGACGCCCUCGUCGGCCGCCUCCGCGCCGCCUACGAGGAGAACGGCGGAAAUCAGGAGACCAACCCCUUCGGCACCCGUGCCGUCCGCCUUUACCUCCGCGAGGUCCGGGACCUCCAGUCCAAGGCCCGUGGUGUCAGCUAUGAAAAGAAAAAGCGCAAGAAGCCGCCGCGUCCUCCGACGGAGCACCUAGAUCAGCGCCAACCUCCCCUUCCUCCAUGAUCAGUAUAUUGAUGAUGAUGGUUAAUUAUUAUAUAUAUAUAUAUCAUGUGUGAGUUGCUUGGUUAAUUAGUUACCUUUGGUUCUUCCUCAUCAUGCCUCAAGUAGAUAUAUAAUUUUAAACUUAAUGGAUCAAAUGCGUACCUAGCUACUAUUUUAUGAUAUAGGAAUAUUAAAACUGAGAGAAGAUUUGGUCGUUGAUCCAUCUAAAUAUAUAUUUUAGCUGUCUUCUUAAGUUUUCCUGUUUAGUAUCAUCAGUUCUCAUAGGAUAUAUGCUGUUUUUAGCCUUGGAACUUAUGCUUCCUGCUCCAUAUAUAAAUCUGUACUAUCUAAUUAAUGAGAUUUUACUCUAUAUAUCUUCGAAUUAUUUCAA